AUGGCUUCUUAUUCCAUAUCACUUCUUAGUUUACCCCCAGAACUCAUUCUUGAGGUUUCUGAUCACCUCCCUCCAGAUGGCAUCUUAGCCCUAAAGCUCACUCAUCCGAUCCUGAACGACACACUACCUCUUGCGCCGCGCCUCAAGAAUACCACACUCACAAAUUGUGCGCGUCUCGCAUUUCGAACCUACCUCGCGCGCCCCAGCGCAACAUCUACCCACCGUCGCUGCAUUCUAUGUAAACAGGUCUAUCCCACCAGCUUAUUUCAUUCGUCGAGCAGCCCAGCUUGCGCGCCCAUAUCUCUCACGGAAGAUGCCCAACAGACAGAUGUUGUCGAGCUCCCGCAUCGCCUUUGUUCCUGGCAUCUAACGGGAAGAACGAGUGGGUGGGCCACAUGGAUGAAAUGUGCAUGCAUUGUGGAGCCAUUCAGGGUUGGGCCAAAUGCGACUGUCGUUGCGACAGUUGCUCGUUUAGAUCUGUGA